AUGUCUGAAAAGAGAAGUGAAAUUGUGAGACCAAUCAUUUACCGUGAAUGUCUUUUGAAACACUUCCCAACUACAGUUAAGUCAGAGUACAAACCAGCUGACUUCAUAAUAGGCUUUGCUAGUGAGGACUAUAAUCCAAAUGGAGUAGGCACAGGUAAUUUCCAUCCCACCUGGGACCCUGCUAGUUUCACUCCUGAAAAUGUGAAAAAACUGAAGGAAACAUAUCCACAUGUAAGGGUGAUGAUAAGCAUCGGAGGCGACAUGGGAUCUGAUUCUCCAUUCAAUCCCAAUGAGAAACAGGCGUGGAUUGUAGCUGCCGUGAAUUCACUCAGAGAGAUCAUUCAUAUCUUUGACGACGACAACCAGAAAAACAUGAUUGAUGGUAUUGAUAUCCACUAUGACGAAAUCAAAUCGAGUGCCCAUGACUUUUCUUACUGCAUUGGAGAAGUUAUAAAGUCGCUCAAAAGUGAUCGUCAUCUAACCAUUAAGGUGGUGUCCAUCGCUCCAGGAGAAUACACCCAAGUAUACUACUACAGAUUGUAUAUAGAAAACCAAAACUAUAUUGACCUUGUUGAUUACUUGUUCACCGAUUGGGGAUGUUCUAUGGAAGAUCUUGUCAAAUUAUAUAAAAAACUAUUAGCUGACUACAGUCAUGCUGCACUCCUUCCAGGAUAUCUAAACCCUUCUUUUCUGGGUGAUAAAACUAAAGAGGCCGCCUUGUACCUCGUCACACACAAUUUAGCUCCUGGUUUUUUUACAUAUCCUGCUAAUGAUGACUCUCAUGUUGAGGAAGAUGCUUCAAAACAUAUCUAA